AAGGCACUUGCAAACGAGCUGCACCUUGUGGGGGCCACUCCGACCUCCGGAGCUCAGGCCAGCACAGUUUGGAGCUGAGGGAGUGCGUGCAACUCCCAGGCCUCUGCCCCAGAGAGCUGAGUCUGGCACAAGCUACACAGAGGCGGACCUGAGGAAGGAGGCCUGGUGGGCCCAUCCUCUAUUCCUAUUUCCGAAGCUCCUGCUCAUGGAGAGUCCGAAUUGCUCUGGCCUUGAAAGGCAUUGACUAUGAGACGAUGCCUAUCAAUCUCGUCCAGGAUGGGGGGCAGCAGUUCUCCAAGGAAUUCCAGGCACUGAAUCCCAUGAAGCAGGUGCCAGCCCUGAAGAUUGAUGGAAUCACCAUUGGCCAGUCACUGGCCAUCAUUGAGUACCUGGAGGAGACUCGGCCCACUCCACCGCUCCUGCCGCAAGACCCAAAACAGAGGGCCAGCGUGCGCAUGAUUUCUGACCUCAUCGCUGGGGGCAUCCAGCCCCUGCAGAACUUGUCUGUCCUGAAGCAAGUGGGACAGGAGAAGCAGCUGGCCUGGGCCCAGAAGGCCAUCAGCUCGGGCUUUAAUGCUCUGGAGCAGAUCCUGCAGAGCACAGCAGGGAAGUACUGUGUGGGAGACCAGGUGUCCAUGGCUGACCUGUGCCUAGUGCCUCAGGUGGCAAAUGCCGAUAGGUUCAAGGUGGAUCUCAGCCCCUACCCUACCAUCAGCCGCAUCAACAAGACACUGCUGGCAUUGGAGGCCUUCCAAGUGUCUCACCCCUGCCGGCAGCCGGAUACACCUGCCGAGCUGAGGGCCUAGUUCCCAAACCUUCCCAGCUGACGUGGGGAGCAGGGUGUGGGAGCAGAAGCUGGGUGGGCUGAGCGGACCUGGAAACGGGUGCAUCCUAAUUGAAUUCUACCCCUGGAACUUGGACUCGUGCCUUGGAUCUGCCGUCCUACUGCAGCUUGUUCUGCCUCAGUCUUCUCAUCUGUCACAUGUGGGCAGAGCAGGGUUGGGGGGUGCAGGGAAAAGGUGGGCAGAAUUGUUGCCUGCCUGUCAUGGGCAGACAUGCAGACAAAGUGAGAAUGGGGAUUAAAUGCCUGGCGAGUUCACCGGAAA